AUGUCUCCGCCGAAAUCCUCAUCGGGAAAAACCGCAAAACCCUUAAUUCCGGGGUUUUUUGGCCCCCACCAGCCGUCGAUUCUCUCUGCGGAAAGCAUAGCCGAGAUUAGAGGAUCCACCGGGAUUCCGUCAGAGGUCGAGAUCAGAUUCCCAGAGGCUCAUGAGUCUCCAGAGAACCCCCCUCCAGGGUACUGUUGCGCGUUCGAGAUAUUCUUCUCUGCGUGCGGUCUGUCAUUCCCCCUUCCCGAACUCAUCGUGACGAUGAUGUUCGAACUGGGCUUCGCUCUUCCCCAGAUGUGCCCCAACUUUGUUCGGACUGUGUACACGGUGAAGACUGGUCGUACCAAGGGCACACUUUACGUGAGCCCACUUGCCGGGCUAAAGGUCUUUGACGACCUGCCCGAGAAGGAUGAAAAGUGGCGGAAGUCCUAUUUCUUCUUCCCGGUUAACGAGCUCACUUUCGGCCACCGCGUGAGUUCGCACGUAUCAAAGUGGACUUCGAAAAUUGAUCACUUCGAACGCGGAUUGCUUGACCCCACAUUCGCAGAGUUCUUCUCGAGGUUCUGCAGCCAGGGACAGAUUGCUUGGGAUUCUUUCUCCUGCGAAAGGAUCAGAGAGUCCACGGUGAGGCUCAGAAGACGUUCUCUAAACUGUUCUACCCCCGUGAGCGUUUCGGAGAUGAAUUACAAGGAAGAAAGGGCAUGCCGAGCUGCCGAAAAAGAGGCAAAGAAACAGAUGACGAUGGCCCUUGCUGAAGGCAAAGCUCGCCUUUCUAACAAGAAUUCCUCUGGAUCCUCCGUUCCUGAGGUGAGCGGGACUUCCGCACCUCCAACUGGCUCUCCCGAGCUUCGUACAGAAUCAACCAGGGCUCCUGCUGGCCCGUUGGUUCCCCCGUGA